AUGAAUCGCCUCUUUGGCAGCACCGCCGCCAAGCCCAAGCCCUCGCUCGGCGACGCAAUCGCAUCCACAGAGGCGCGCGCAGACGGCGUAGAGGUCAAGAUACGCAAGCUCGAUGCCGAACUCACCCGAUACCGCGAUCAGAUGAAAAAGCUCCGCGACGGGCCCGGAAAGACCGCCGUGCAGAAACGCGCGCUGCGCGUGCUCCAGCAGAAGCGCAUGUACGAGGCGCAGCUCGCCUCGCUGCAGCAGCAGUCGUUCAACAUGGAGCAGGCCACCAUGACGACCGACAACCUGCGCAACACCAUGGCCACCUUUGACGCCAUGCAGACGGCCAACAAGGAGAUGAAAAAGACGUACGGCAAGAUUGACCUCGACAAGAUUGAACGCAUGCAGGACGAGAUGGAGGACCUCAUCGAGAGCGCAAACGAGGUCCAGGACACCAUCGGUCGCAGCUACGCCGUCCCCGACGACAUCGACGACGACGAGCUCCAGGCCGAACUCGACGCGCUCGGCGAUGAGCUCGAAGAGGAGUCUGCGGAUGGUAUACCCAGCUACCUCCGCAACGACGAGUCGGCCCUGCCCGACUUUGUCGACGAGGACCCCUCGGCAAAACUCGAAAACCGGCCCGAGGAUCAGACAGAGGCCAUGAGGGCCGCCUGA